CCGCGACAAGAACUGUCAAAGAUAACUUGCGAAAUUGUCGUUAUUCAACAAAACAAGAGUUUAAUUUAAUUAUUUCGCGAUGGAUAGCCGCUUGUACGAGACUAAAUUACCAAACCAUAAAAUAUUUGAAGAUUUAAAAGACAGUUUGGAUGAAAAUCCUAGUGGAAAGUUGCGAAAUCUCAUCGAUUUGAAGGAUGAUGUGUUUUAUGUUUGGAACUGCAAAGAAAACUGUUUACUGUGCUUAAACUUGAAACAUUUGGAGGAAAAUGGCGACGAGACCCCUUAUCAGAAACUUCUAUUCCUGGUGCCACCAUCGUUCCACGUGGAGCGCAUCAUGACCAGCAGCUGUGGAAGUCGCAUCUGCGUGUGGGGAUCACGAGGAGUCACCAUUGCUGAACUGCCUUCGCGAUGGGGCAGAGCAGGGCUCUUUGAUUCAGGCAACCAGUCUGUUUUGUGCAAGAGUUUCUCCCUGGAUGAAAGAUUCCUGUACUGCCAGGGUGAAGUUCGACGCGUGCACUGGCAUCCUGGAUCGUUGUCACAUGUUUUUGUGCUUGGGUCUGAUAAUACCAUCAGGCUCUACAACAUAGCUCUAAAGAAAGGUCCUAAACUGGUCCAGAUCUUCACUAUCGGCAUCAAGCCAUCAGGUCAGCUGGCCGGAAGAGACCUACUGGACAGUCUCGGCGAUACGGCGGUGGACUUCACGCCUAUACCUGACUCCGAGACCCUGUUGAUCUUGAGGGGAAACGGCGAUGUGUAUAUGAUGCAGUGUGAAUUGGAACGUAAGAGCCCCCUACAACCGAAGCUAUCAGGUCCUCUCGCCAUGUACCCUCCAGCCGAUGACAACUACGGUUCGGAGUCGUGCUCCAUCAUAGCUUUGGGUGGAGGCGACACUCCUCCCAUGGUGGUCGUGGCUACCUGUUCCGCAGCAUUGUAUCAUUGUCUGUUGCUGCCUAAUCCUACUGAGAAGGAAGACGGCGACAGCCACGCCCUCUACGUGGUGGAAGCAGUGGAACUGAACAUUGGGCUCAAUCCUGAUGAUGAUCUGCAGUACUCUUAUCCAGUUCAUUUGUACCCGUGCACCAACAACACAUACGCGUGUAUGCAUGCGGGUGGCGUGCACACCAUCACACUGCCGAUGCUUGAAAACUUGGUUGACUUCGCGUUAGCUGAUGAAAGUGACAUGGAAGCAGUACUAUCAGGCCUGUUCUCCCGCUCGGGCGUGGCGCGGCACGUGCUGGGCACGGCGCUGCGUGACGCGUCGCCGCCCGUUGGACUAGCGCUCACUGCGCCACCACUACGUCGACUGCUUAUACUGCCCAACACUACAGCACUGAGAGCCAGAACAUUGGAACCGUUUGAUUUGGAAGAACAACUAUAUAAGGAACUUCAACUCAAGAACCCAUCGCUUGAACAAGAGGAUAUCAACAAUAUUCUCAAAGAGCGCCAGAAGCUAUCGUUCACGUCGAUAGUGCAGGAGAUCUUGACCCGCGACGUGUCGCAGCCGCUGCUCACGCUCAGCACCAAGCAUGAACCCUCACCCAAGGAGUGCUUAGAGUUCCUAACACAAGCAACUCUGAAGCUCCGUGGCGAGUAUAUCUCGCGCCAGCAGCGUGUAUGCGAUGCCAUCGCCCGCAAACUACAAGCUUUGAGGAACCUCAGCAACAGUCACCAAGACUGGCUGCAAGACCUGCAGAAAGAGAUAGAUGAUGUACAACUGCAGUCAACGGUUCUCAAAGAGAAGUGUAUGUUGGCUGAGAAACAUCAAGAUGAUCUCAAAUAUAGAUGUUCAGCAGUAAUCCGCAAGAUCAGAUGUUCAGCGCCAGCUACCCCGGCCGAACGCGAAUUGCUCUCGGAACUAGAGCGAUACCGACGCUGCGGGGAGAGGCUCGGCGAGCAGAUACAGCUGCUCAAACAGCAUGCGCAGCAUAAGUCUAAUGAGUUGGAGAAAUUUCACUUGGACUACAAGAAGAAAGACAUCGCGUUGGGCAAGUCUCACAGUGAUACCAUCUCUUCCAUUUUACAACAACAGACAAGCCAAAUAUCUACACUGAUUGAAGAGACGAAGCUACUCAAAGACCAACUCAGCAUUGUUUAGACUUUAAACUAGUAUUAAUAGAUUAGUACGUAAGUUUGUUUUGUAAUAUUUCUGUAUUUCUUUAGUUUUUCUGUUUAAUUUCCAGUUUUGUUGUCAUAUUUCAAUGUUAAAUUUGAUUAUUAGAAUAGCAAAAUUGCAUAUUUUGAUUAAAUUCAUUUUUGUUAAUCGCUUCAGUUAACUUUGUUUGUACCACGGAGGAAGUAAAUAUAGUGGAGAUGCCAUAAGGAACGUAGGUCAGAUCCCCUCUUGUAAGUCAAUAUGACGUACAGUAGGCGUGAUCGAAACGAUCGUUUACUAACACUAACGAGGCGUUCGGGUUUCUGGUCAAAUCACGACCAAUUUGCCAAAGAUUGGUCUUGAUUGAUUGGUGAUUUGAAUUUGAUAAAAGGGAUUGAAGCUAGUAACGUUCCUCUUCCCCGAACGCCUGUAUUGUGUUGCGCUAGUUUCUUAGGAGAUAUUGCGUUAUGACAUCUCUGCUGGACAUUUUCUUCUCCAUGGUUUGUACCUACAAGAGUUAAAAUGAACUUAAUGUUUCUGGUGACAAUUGAAAUUAUUUGGUUUCUAAAUAGUAAUUGGUAUUUUUAUAUAAACUUCUAUGUGAUUGUUAGAACUGACUUUGAUUUAGUUUUGUAUUGUUUUUCAUUAAAUUAAAGAUUAUUAUUCAAAUAA